GAGUAAAGGGAUCAAGAAAGAGAGAAAGAAAGGCUUUUACACACUUUUCCCUAACUACCCUUAUUCUCUCUCUCUAACUCUUCUUGUUCUCUCUCUCUCUAGGGCUCUGUUGUCUCCCAUGACCCCCAAUUACCUCAGGCCACACUCCUUCUCUUCAGCUCAACCCCAUGAACUCUCAUGGAGGCAACAGCCUAAUAGAGAAGAAGAAGAAGAAGAUGAUCAAGCAGGUGAAAAAAUGGUGCACCCCCAUGAGGGCCACCUCAAUAUCACGGUAGAGACCCAAGCACUUCACCUUCAUCCUCAUAAACAACAUCAGUUUCAUCUUCUUCACUCCUCAAAACUUCAAUUCCAAAGAAAAAACUGUCAAAAGAUUGAGGAAGAAGUGGAGGAGUCUUAUGAGUACAGUCGAAAGGUCCAUGGAUCUUCCACUCAAACGUCUUCGAUGGGUUUUGUAAGGACCUGCUCGGAUUGCUACACCACCAAGACACCGUUGUGGCGAAGUGGGCCUCAAGGUCCCAAGUCUCUUUGCAAUGCUUGUGGGAUUCGACAGAGAAAGGCAAGGCGAGCAAUGGCAGCUGCCAUGCAAAAAGAGUUAGACAAGGAGAAGAGAAUGGACCCCAAUUUCACCACCACAACCGCUGCGACCUACUACAAGAAGCGAAGCAAAAAGAUAACCGCACAACGACAUGCUCCAAAGAAGAGGCUUUGCUUCGAGGAGGAGGAAGAGUCAGAUUAUGAUGAAACAUUAGCACAAUCCUCUCCUACACUUCCCCCUCGUGAUCGCGAUGUGGAUUUACGAAAGGGAUCAGCGUUUCAUCGAGUUCUCCCACAAGACGAGGAAGAAGCUGCCAUCUUGUUAAUGGCACUUUCAUGCGGCCUACUUCAUGGUUGAGUUCUGUCAAAGAAACCAUCUCUACCAUACAUAGAUCAGAUUGAUUCGAUGCGAGAGUGGAACGUAUGGAUCACUAGGCAAAAUAAGUUUAUCUAUCCACAGGAAUUAAGAUGCUCUUGUGGAAAGCCACAGAGCCAAAUCCCUUUGUUUUGAGGAGUGAGGAAUAAGGAGGGAUAAUUCGCCAUUGUUAUUUCAUUAGGUUAUGUCCUUUCUCUUUGUUACUGUCUUGUUUUUUUUUUACAUUUUUUUCUUUCUGUUUUCCCCUUUUUUUUUUGGCCUUGUUUGAGAGAGAGAGAGAGACUAUGUUUAUUUGCCCAAACUGGGUAGUAAACUAAAUGGAUUGGUGAUGCCAUGUCAAUAUUGUAACCAGGGAGUAAUUAGAAUGUGAGCAUUGCCUUCCAUUUUUGAUGUUAAAGAGUUUUGAGGCA